UCAACGUUAACGCAAAUUAAUUUUAACGCCACUAAUUUCUUUAAUGCAUUAACGCAACUUGUGAUUUUUAGGUAUCAUAUGAAACUAGAAAAUAUAUAUAUAUAUAUAUGACUCUAAUUAUGACUGUAAUGUGGGAGCUCUUGUUUGUGUAGCGGCCUGGAGGAUGAUCCCGCGGUGUGUUGACUGAAGGGGUGUGUGUGUGUUUGUGUGUGUGUGUCUAUCUGUGGACGCCCCGCCGUCUGUUUUCUUUCCGUCUGACAGCGAUGAAUUCAGAGUGAAACUACUGUGUCAUCUCACAACCACACGCACUGACCUGGGUGGGAAUCCUCAUCUACAUUAACAAAAGCAGGUCAACACAACGUGACAGUCGGCUGCAUCCUGGACCUGAUGAGGAGACGACAGAAGAGUAAUUUCACAGACGGGAGGGAUGAACGCAGUGAAAGAGGAAGAACAGGACGAGUCUGGUGGACUUCAGUCUGCAGGAUGCACUGAGGACCACAAUGAAGACAGUCCAAAACAACCAAAGUCUAAUCUGACUCGCUGCGCCGCCUGCUACAACCACAAGGCGAGCAUGCUGGCUCGCUGGGGGGGCGACGGCGAGUCCAGCUCAGAGGCCGGAGACUCGGGACCAGAGGUGGACUCGGAAUCCGAGCCGGAGUCCAGCUCCAGCAGCAGCAGCUGCUCUGAGGAGGAUUUACCAGAAACACUUGAGGAUCCUGAACCUGAACCUGGAGACGCCGGAUCUGGAGGAAAAGAUGGCGGCGGACGACGAGAGGAGGAGGAGGCGCCUCGAAGAGCUCCAGUUGUCACAUGUUCCUCCCCCGUUCCUCACCUCACCCCUCUGGCCCUGCUACCCCGCCCUCACACAGUCGUCUCCACGCUCCACCUGCAGGUGUUGUCCAAGAACCACCACGACGAUGACGGUGUCCACAUCGUCCAACAGCAGCUGUCUGGGAGAGAGGAGGAGACGACAGGAGGAGGAGGAAGAGGAGGAGGAGGUUACGGAGGAGGAGGAGGAGAAGGAGUCAACGGUGUGACGCCUCCACAACCGCUGCAGUGGCAGCAGGCGGAGUUACAAUGGCAACAGCAGCUGUCGUACCAACAACAAUAUCAGCAACAACGAGCUCAACACUGUUGUCCUCUCUCCGCUCAGGGUCAAAUGUUACCACCAUCCAUGCACACACGUUCUGUUCCUCACACACUUCCUGUUCCUCACACACUUCCUGUUCCUCACCCCUCGACGCUCUACACCCCCCUACAGGCCAACAGUGCACCCCACACACAUCUGCAUGCACCCACGCAACCACCAUACUGGUACUGGUACAGUCCGUACCCGUACCAGACCCAUUAAAUAUGUACAAGAAAAGGUUUAAAGAGUUUAAUGAAAUGUUUGUGAUUGAACACGAGCCUCCAACGUACACUUAAGUUCUGCACUUUGAAGUGAAUCUCAUCUUCGUUUCUAAACUCUUGUUCAUUUUUACAUUUGUUUUGCUAUACUGACAUUAAAGGGCGGGUUCAUCUGCAUUCUUUUCCAAAUAGAAACGCCCACUCAGCUGUUAGCAGAAAGCCGUGAUGUAGGUUACCAAAGUAAGCUAAUCAAUAAUGAAUAAUGUGAACGCUAGCACUAGCUGAGUCAACGGUAGCUGUGCUAAGUUUGAACAUAACUGAAAGGUUUAGUUCAGAUGUUUUGAAGCAGGGUUGUACGUAUACUCCCACGC